UGCAGUUCUGCAUUUUUCUUCCACACCAGGAGCAGUAGUGUUACUGUCUGAAAGAGCUGGGUUUUACGGGGAGUUGUAGCUUGAGUUGAACGCAAAACUUUUUGAAGUAUUUGGAGCAGAUGUAUAGGAAUUACGUGCGGACAUUUGGGUUUUCUUAUGAUAUGUUUUCUUUUUCACUUUGGUGUACUGUUAAUUAUUUUGACUAACUUAAAGUUUUAUUCUCCUAGGUUUCUGGCUAACGAUGCUAACCAAACCCAUGUAACUUAGCCAGCUAGGAUAGCCUACGUUACUUUUUAGGUGAGCAUUCGUACAAGUCAAACUGCUAAUUAGCUCUUUGGAGGAUUGCGACUAAACCCAUACAAGUACUCUGAAUGGCAAGACGUUUUUAACCGCCAACUUUUUUAUAUUCUUUGUCCUUGCUUAUUUUGUGUUUGCUUGAAGUGCGUUUGCGAAUGGCGUUUACACUGUCCAUUCCCCCACGUUAGAGAAUUGCGUUAACGUUAGAUGCCAACGCCUUUUUUUUUAUUAAGUCGUGAUUUUCUUUGUUGCGGUGUGUAAGUUGUAGAAGUUUGACGAGUAAAUUAACGUACAAAAUUUAGAAGCGUGCGUUUUGCCCGAACAUUUUCUCUUCGUCCAUUGCCCGGUUCCAACAAAUAGUUUUGUAGUGACUGGUUUUGAAAAUGGGUUGCACACUAAGCGCCGAGGAUAAAGCGGCUGUGGAGAGGAGUAGAAUGAUAGACCGCAAUCUCCGGGAGGAUGAGAAGAAGGCAUCCAGGGAAGUCAAACUGCUUCUUCUUGGUGCUGGAGAGUCGGGGAAGAGCACAAUAGUGAAACAGAUGAAGAUCAUUCAUGAAGAUGGUUACUCAGAGGACGAGUGCAAGCAGUACAAGGUGGUUGUGUACAGCAACACCAUCCAGUCCAUCAUCGCCAUCAUCAGGGCCAUGGGCAGGCUGAAGAUCGACUUUGGAGACCCUGCCAGAGCAGACGAUGCCAGGCAGCUGUUUGUGUUAGCAGGCUCAGCUGAGGAGGGGGUGAUGACCGCGGAGCUGGCCGGCGUCAUCCGCAGGCUGUGGAAGGACGGCGGCGUCCAGACCGGCUUCAGCCGCUCCAGAGAAUACCAGCUCAAUGACUCCGCUUCCUAUUACCUGAAUGACCUGGACAGGAUAUCUCAGCAGAACUACAUCCCUACUCAGCAAGACGUGUUGAGGACUCGAGUGAAGACCACGGGCAUCGUGGAGACGCACUUCACUUUCAAGGAGCUGUACUUCAAAAUGUUUGAUGUGGGCGGACAGCGCUCCGAGCGGAAGAAGUGGAUCCACUGCUUCGAGGGCGUCACUGCCAUCAUCUUCUGCGUUGCGCUUAGUGACUACGACCUGGUCCUGGCAGAAGAUGAGGAGAUGAAUCGAAUGCACGAGAGCAUGAAGCUUUUUGACAGCAUCUGCAACAACAAGUGGUUUACGGACACCUCUAUCAUCCUCUUCCUCAACAAGAAGGACCUGUUUGAGGAGAAGAUCGCCAAGAGUCCCCUAACCAUCUGCUACCCUGAGUAUUCUGGCUCCAACACAUAUGAGGAGGCAGCCGCUUACAUCCAGUGCCAGUUUGAAGACCUGAACCGGAGGAAAGACACUAAAGAGAUCUACACACAUUUCACCUGUGCCACCGACACCAAGAACGUCCAGUUUGUGUUUGACGCGGUCACGGAUGUGAUCAUCAAAAACAACCUAAAGGAGUGCGGCCUUUACUGAGCGAGCGACACACAGUGGUUGGUGUGACCGCAGCAUGGAGAAAGAGAUGGAUUUUUUUCGGCAGUGCUCUCUUCGAAGGACAGCCAAGUCUUUGCGAAGUGGAGCUAGGUAGAGACAGUUACCAGACUGCACUCAGACACACACACACACACACACACACACACACACACACACACACACACACACACACACUCAGACACCGCUGUUCAACUGAUUUUUAAAAUACGAGGCUUCAUUUUGUACUUAGCCUCCGCCUGUAGCAUCAUAAGUGUUUUUAAGAUUCCCUUUUUUUGUAUUCAUCGUGACGCCAAGCAUUUCAGAAAACAAAUAUGGAUGGAUUUUUUUUUUUUUGGGUUACUUUUAUGUCAUCAUUAGUUAUUUUGUCCUAUUUGCUCUUCUAGUUCUCUGCUGUUAAAUGUUCCCCUCUCUACAGAAUCAGGCCAUACUAUGCACAGGAUUCAAACUGCAAAAGAAAGUUUCAUCUCAGUUUUCUGCUCUUUUUAGUUGUUUUAAGUAUGUUUUUAAUCAUGUUGUCGAAAUUUAUGCUUACCUUUUUUUUGCCAUAAAAACCAUGCCUGUACAACGCAGUCAGUGUAACUGUAACUUAGCAGUAGAUAAGAUUCACAAUGUUCCACAUUUGAUAAAUUAUUAAUAAUUUGAAAGGUAAUCGUAUGGAAAUUUCAUCUGUCUCCUCCUGUGAGAUUGUGGGUAGAAUUGCUCUCUUAUGAAAGGAUUAUGAAAUGUGAUGCCCGUUUUGUGCUAUUUCAUUUUCAGAGUAGAUUUAAUAGCUUGGAUAACCCACAGGGAUGCUACAGGUUUUUUGGGAUUUUCUUUAUUUUACUAACCAAAAAUGGACCACUUUAUAUUAGACAAUAUUUUUAUAUGUAUGUAGCCACUACAGUUUAAUUUGUAUAGUGUGAAUUAUUACCAGUUGCGAGCCUUUGUAAUUGUCUUGCCACACAUGGCUUCUCAGCUAACCCUUUGUAAUACGUUUUUUUUAAUGAAAGUAACCCUGACCUAGUCAUGUGGAAUUUCAGUGCUUGAUAUUUUCGUAGACUUUUAAAAGAGAGGCUUGUUUUCUUAGAUGUUCUUUUUAAUCCUGUGAAUUUCAGUUGAUACAAAGGUUAUAUCUGACCAAACAAGAUGGAGGUUGUAAUUAAACAUAGGUCUACAUGGGAAGAAUUGUUACGUUGUUGAAUGCCCUUGAGCAUGCCUUGUUUCUUUGUACAGAGAUGUUUUGCCAAAUACCUAACAGUUUGUGGGUGUGAGACUGUAGCCCGCAGCCCGCUCAUCUAAAACAGCCUGAACAUUCCCAGAGGACAGUAUCAUGACCUGUCUGGUACUAUUUAACUUUGUCCAGAUAAAUAGUUUUAUCUUAACAUUGUUAGAUAAUGUCACUAAGAAUUCAAUUUUGAUUUUUUUUUUUUUGAUUUUUUUUUUUUUUUUUUAGCUUAAAAAAUAUUAGAGAUUGAAGAGUGCUUUUAUUCCUUUUUGAGAAUUGACCACUAAUAUCUAUUAAAGCACUGCAUCACA